ACUCUGCAAGAGAAGUGGACCGAGGAUCGGCCAAGCAACUGUUAUUAAAUCGUCUGUGGUGGGGUGGGGGGAGGACUCUUUCUCGAACUUCAUUGAAACCCUUAUCGGUAAACAAACGAAAAAAAAAAACAUUUUGUUGCUGUAUUCCAAUUUCAUAUUCUUUCUUUUGAAUUGAUACAGAUUCACAUAUGCGAAGAGAAAGGGAGAAACCCGUUUCUGACUGUGAAAUGUAUCCAAAUGUUUCUUUUAUUUAUUUAUUUUUAUAGGUGCCACCGAAGGUUGUGAUCAUUUUCUUAAAACGAGCUGGUUUUUGAAUGUGUCUUGCUUCAUAUAUUGACUUCUUGUAGAGGACUUGUUCGUGGGUCACCUGGUGGUGGCAUGGGGUGGAAGUGGCGAAGGUAAACGUCUGUAGUGACUCCCUUUUCAGGUUCUCUCGGAUGGGAUUCUUUACUCACCAAGCUUAUGGAGGGAUGAAACACGGAGGAAAAGAGAGAGCAGGAGAGACGAGAGUGAGAAGCAGGACGCGGUCGACGUGAAUGCAGAACGGACGCACCCCUCUGGAAGACUGAAAUCUGAACCUAUACGGGAUUUACAUUCUCAUCGGGGGAUCUCAACUGUAUGCGCACACAUUCAUGGGUCCUUUGCUUUUCGUUUGGAACCUAUUUUUGUGGAGUUACGAGUGGAACUGAAUUCUAAAAAUGGGAUUUGGUGAGAUAACUGAGCCUUGACGGUUGGCGAUCGAAGGAAGCCAAAAAAGGCUACACGUUCAGGAAAAGAGACUGUUUACCUGUGCACUGACCUCUUCCUGUAUUAAACGUCCCUCUAAACCACGUGCUCAUGACAGAGGAAGGGUUGGUUGGACAAACAAGUGUCGAGUUCUGUCAGGCAGUGACCAUGGAGAGACUGUUGCUGUGUGUAAUGCUAGCAGUUGCCAUGGCUGUUCGCGCACAGAUCUGCCCAAAGCGCUGCGUAUGUCAGAUCCUCUCACCCAAUCUGGCAACCCUCUGUGCCAAAAAAGGUCUACUAUUUGUUCCACCAAACAUCGACAGACAUACAGUCGAACUGAGGCUGGCUGACAACUUUGUCACGAGUGUGAAGAGGAAAGACUUUGCAAACAUGACACGGCUUGUAGACUUAACGUUAUCCAGAAACACCAUCUCCUACAUUACACCUCAUGCCUUUACUGAUCUUGAGAACCUCAGAGCCCUCCAUCUCAACAGUAAUCGGCUGACAAGGAUCGGCAAUGACACUUUCAGUGGGAUGUCCAAGCUACACCACCUAAUUCUGAACAACAACCAGUUGGUACUGAUCCACCAGGGAGCAUUCAAUGACCUGCUUGCACUGGAAGAACUGGAUCUCAGUUAUAAUAACCUAGAUUCCAUUCCAUGGGAGGCCAUCCAGAAAAUGACAAGUCUCCAUACAUUGAGUUUGGACCACAACAUGUUGGACUUUAUUCCAGAGGGAACAUUUUCAUUGCUGCAGAAACUCAACCGGCUCGACGUCACCUCCAAUAAACUCCUAAAGCUCCCUCCGGAUCCUCUUUUUCAGCGAGCACAGGUUCUGGUCACAUCUGGGAUGCUGAGCUCCUCGACCUUUGCACUGUCAUUUGGCGGAAACCCACUACAUUGCAACUGUGAGCUACUUUGGCUACGAAGGCUUAAUCGAGAGGAUGACUUAGAGACAUGUGCCUCACCUCAGCACCUCUCUGGACGAUACUUUUGGUCUAUUCCUGAAGAAGAGUUCCUGUGUGAACCUCCGCUCAUAACCAGAUAUUCCCAAGAGAUGAGGGUGCUCGAAGGGCAGAGAGUGUCACUCAGAUGUAAGGCCAGAGGUGACCCAGAGCCAGCAAUACACUGGAUAUCUCCUGAUGGCAAACUCGUUUCAAACUCAUCAAGAACACUGGUUUACAUGAAUGGAAGUCUGGAUAUCCUCAUCAGUACUGUAAAAGACACGGGCUCUUUCACCUGCAUCUCCUCCAACCCUGCCGGUGAAGCCCACCAGACUAUAGACUUGGUUGUCAUUAAACUCCCACAUAUCUCCAACAACACCAACAACAUCCAAGAGCCUGAUCCAGGAUCCUCUGACAUUUCCACAUCCACCCGAACUGGAAACAAUGGAAGCAAUGUUACUGGCGAUGUAAAGGGUGGGGCAGACAAGAGGGUGGUGACUGCUGAAGCUACAUCAUCAACUGCAUUGAUCAAGUUUAACUUCCAGAGGAAUAUUCCAGGUAUUCGGAUGUUCCAGAUACAGUAUAAUGGGAGCCAGGAUGACUCACUUGUGUAUCGAAUGAUCCCUCCAUCAAGCAAGAGUUUCUUGGUCAACAACCUAGCAGCAGGAAGCCAGUACGAUCUGUGUGUGCUCGCCAUCUAUGAUGACAUCAUGACCUCCCUGACAGCAACCCGCGUGGUGGGAUGUGUGCAGUUCACCACCGAAUCAGAAUAUAUGAGGUGUCAUUUCAUGCAGUCCCAAUUCCUUGGUGGGACUAUGAUCAUCAUCAUCGGAGGGAUUAUAGUGGCUUCAGUGCUCGUUUUCAUCAUCAUUUUGAUGAUACGGUACAAGGUGUGUAACCCAGGAGACAGUGUUAAAGGCAUGUCACUGUCUAUGACCAACGUUCACUCUCAGACAAAUGGCCAGCAGUCGGAAAGGUGCAGUGUAACUCCCAGCACCUCCAAGCACGGCUCAAUUGGAUUAGAGGACCUCUCAGGAGGUUCAAAGAAGAGGAGUGGAGCAGGAGGAGGCAAAGAUGCGAUAACUCUUUCAUCCAACUCAUCCCUGCCGGACUGCUCCACAGCCACCUCUCUUCUUACGCAGCAGUGGACAACAGUUGGAGCUGAGGAACAGGAGAAAGCGUGUCAGGAGAGAGCUAUAACCAGUAUAUCCUCACCCACUGCCACCAGCUCACUUACCAGGUCAAAGCGUAAGCCUGCUCCGAUGAAACCUGGUUCGGCUUGCUCUAACAUCUCAGCUGCCUUGGAGAAUCUCUCUCACCCUCCUUCCUCAUCUGCCUCUAGCACCUCCUCUACUCUCCCUCCUCUAGAUACCCUCAACACCAACCGUAACAAUUCCACCUCACUAAACCAAGCCCAGCCCGCUCCCAUUGCCACCCCGAGUCCACUUCACUGCAUCCGAUAUCAAGAAACACCCAUUCUGCGCCGGGUUCCUCGUGCCCGCACCUCCUCCACUGCAAAAUACCAGACUCUCCCUGUGGAGGAGGGAGGGAAGAGCAGGACAAGGAGAAGGUACUCCCUCAGUGAAGGAGGCUCAAAGACUCUCUCAUCCCAGAGAGAAAGUGCAGCAGCACCAAAAUUAGGACGUAUAGUGCGGUACAAAAGGAGUCAAUCAAUGAGUGGAAUGGUUUUCUCCAAAGAAAGAGAGGGAGACUCUGAUCGAGGGCGCUGUGAUUCUGACUGGAUCUUGGAAAGCACGGUUUAAAUUUAAAUGAGUCAACAAAAUAUACAUUACCAUUGUUUUUUUUUGGGGGUUGUUACAUUAUAUGUAUGAGUUUUGUUUGUGUGAGUGAAGUGUAAAGUGAGGGUGGACAUAAAACUGCAUUGUUUCUUUUGAGGGUGUGAAUAUUUAUGUUCAACUUUGUGCGUGAGCAUGGACAAGGAUUAAUGCAAUUCUGGGUGACAAAGGUACAAGAUGUCUUUUUUUCAGGCAUUUAUUUGUUGUCAUUGUUUCAAAGAGAUUUGUUGUCAGAGAAUUUUUGUUUCUACUUUGGCAGUUUUGUAUCUGUUUGAAAGCCUACCAUUCAGCAAGUUGAUAUCUUGCCUUGUCUUGUUGCGUCCUCGACUUGUCCUGUUGGUUCCACAUCAUAAAUAUAAAACAAUACAAGACAAUGGGCUCACCAAAUAGUUUUCACUCAAUCUGCAAAUAGAAUAAAAAUGGAAUUGUCACUGGGAACAAAAGAGAAUGGAAAAAAAAUGUCCGACUUCACUGUCCACCAUUUAUAUAGUCUUACCCAACAGCAAGUGUGUGACCACACAGUGAGAAACGAUAGCAGUCGGUGCCUUCUUUUGCACAAAGAUACUCUAACCGGAAGUACCACUUCAUCAAGGUCCACAAACUAGCAAAGAGUAGACGGAAAGAUUUUACACAGCCUUUCUUACCUACAGAGUAAUAGAAUUGGUGGUGUUUCUUGUCAAAUAGACAAAACACCAGAUGGAGACUUUACAGACCCUUUAUGAAAUUGAUGUUUUUAAAGGGAAGAAUAAAAAAAACAUCAAGAACAAAGACAUUUCACUGACAGAAUUCUGCAGCCUGGGUUGGUCACAUAC